GUAGCUCUGAGAGGAUUUGAAAGGUCACGUAUAAGUUGGAACUGCUGCCAAUGUUCUUGGCCUGCCACUUUGAGGUCAAUUGGCGUAUUAGGGAUCGAAUUUUCUUCAUCCUUUGCCAGGAUUGAUCGACAUUUGCUCGGGUCGCUAACAUUCACAAAAGCUUUAUAAGUACUCCAUACUUUAAACGUUUUCCCUGUAUACACUCGCUCAAUACACAUCUCACUUGUUAUCACUCAAAUCACUUCUACCGCAAUAAUGUAUAAUUCUAUUAUUAUCCUCUUGCUCGUCACAUUUGUCCACUCGUUUGCUCUACCACAAACAACCAAGCCAGACGAUGGCUCAGAACCCGGAGUUCUAAUCGGAGAUCUUGUCAAGAAAAUCACAACCCCAACAGGUCAAACAAUAGCAAACAUAUUACUCGGCACUGAAACCGCACAGUCUCAAGAUAUAGGAAAAGCACCAUCCAACGGGGGAGUUGCAGGUUGCAAGAAAUCUACAGACCAGUGUUGCAGUGAGUAACCUUUCACUAUCUGUAUUGAGUAUUCUCUCGAAAUAUCCUUGGUUGGAUCGCAUUUCUAGGAAUUCCGCUACGGAAGAAAAGACUCGUGCUAAUGUUUAUAAGUUUGGUAUUCAAUAUCAGCAGACUUGACAAAUUCAUUCAAAGGUCCCAGUGGCAGAUGCAACGCUAGAGCACGCAUGGCGAUUCGUCUUGGAUUCCAUGAUGCCGGGACCUGGAGCAAAACUCUCGCCGCUGCUGGUAAGGAUUUUGGUGGAGCGGAUGGAAGCUUGGUUCUGUUCAACGAGAUUACGAGGCAAGAAAAUAGAGGACUGGAGGUAAUUGUUGGAUUGGCCAAGGCAAUGUUCCAGAAGUACAAGGGUAGUGGCAUUUCCAUGGCAGACUUGAUUCAAUACGCCGCAACGCAUGCUGUUGUGACUUGUCCACUCGGUCCUCGUACACGAAUUUUUGUUGGCAGAAAGGUGAGGUUGUUUUCAUGAGCCAGAUUUAAGCCGAAAGACUAAUGUAUAGAUAGGAUGCAACCAAAGCUGCCCCAGAUGGGCUUCUCCCUAGCGUUAAUUCUGACGCCGACACUCUGAUCAACCUCUUCCAGGAUAAAACCAUCAGCCCGCAUGCUUUGACGGCUUUACUUGGUGCACACUCGACUUCUCAGCAAUUCUUUACUUCCCCGAAUCUAGCAAAAGAUUUCGGCAAGCCGCAAGACACAACGCCUGGUGUAUGGGAUGUAUCUUUCUAUAAUGAGACAAUACAACCCAAUCCCGCCCCCAAAACCUUCCGAUUUGCGUCCGAUUCAGUCAUUGCAAAAGAUCCGAGAUCUUCUACUGAGUGGAAUGCGUUUAUUGGAGAUCAGUCUCAUUGGAAUUCGGACUACGCUGAAGCAUACGUUCGAUUGAGCUUGCUUGGGGUUAAUAACAUUAACAACCUGACAGAGUGCACGAAGACGUUGCCCAAGGCGCAGCCGACAUUCAAGGGCAGCACGGAAGGUCUUGUUGAUCAGAAGAAGCUUAAAAGGCGGAAUGUUGAAAGAGAAGAGUCAUCCUCCUCCGGUUGUACUCGGUGA